AUGGAGAAGGGCCGCUUCUCCGUGGAGUGGUUGGCGCAGAGCAGCCGCAGCGGGGGUAACAGCGCAGCACAGGGAGAGUGCGGGGCGCGCGGCGGGACCGCAGCUGCCGGCCGUCGGGAGAACAACAGCGGCACGUGCGGCUCUGCCCGCCUCGCCGCCCCUCCGACGCCGCUCUCCCUUCCCACAACGCACCCGGCCCCGCGGCGCUGCAGCCCCGCGCACGAGGUGGAGGAGGGAGGCGGCGCGCGGCCCCGCACCAAAUUCUCGGCGGCGCAGCUGCAGGAGCUCGAGCGGAGCUUCCGCGAGCAGCGCUACAUCGGCGCCAGCGAGAAGAGGCGGCUGGCUGCGGCUCUGGACCUCUCGCAGAGCCAGAUAAAAACCUGGUUUCAGAAUCGCCGUAUGAAAUUUAAACGCGAGACACAGGAUGCCAGGGUAGAAGCCCUUGUUUCAGGCCUGUUCCUGCCCUAUCACCAGUACCCGGAUACGGUGACACCCAGCUGUCCUCAUGGGUUGGAUAUCAGUGUUUCCUCUACCCUGAGCGCUCCCCUGCACCCAGCAGGGCUCAGCCCGUCCCUGCUGGCGCCCCCUGUUCCAGCACAGCUCUCACAGGCAGCUUUGCCAGGCACAGCUUUGCUGCUUCCCCCCGGCCCAGCACUGCCUGCAUACUCCGCUGUGAUCCCAGCUGUGACUUUAACCAACGACCACAAAGGACUGAGAUUCCAGCCCUACCUACCUUGUUAA